AGCCCGUCGGUGAGCAGGAGCUCCAUGUGGAUCCAGGGUUGAAGAAGGAGCAUCUGAGACCGUGAGCUCAGCUCAACUGCGUCUCCCGUUUGCGUCUCUGCCUGAUCUCAUCAUCCUCUUCCUCGCCGUGGGAAUGAACGCCACCAUGUCUCUCUGUACCCACGUCUUCCUCCUCCUCUUCCUCCUCCUCCUCCCGCUGCCCCCCUGCCAGCCGGAGUCCCAGCGCAGCAGGCCCAGCUUUGCUCCGGACCUGAGGACGGCCCUGCCCUCCACGCUGCCUUCGACCUUUGCUCCUGCCUCGUCUAACAGCACGCCGGCUAACGGCAGCGUGACGUGUGAGGAGGUGGCGACCUGCAGUCCGGGCAUCCUGCUGCCCGUCUGGAAGCCUGACCGCCCCGGGCUCGGGUACCAGGUGACCCGAGCUGUGAUCUACUUCGUGUCCCUCAUGUACAUGUUCCUGGGAGUGUCCAUCAUCGCAGAUCGCUUCAUGGCCUCCAUAGAGGUCAUCACGUCACAGGAGAAGGAGGUGACCAUCACUAUGCCCAACGGGGAAACGUCAGUGGCGACGGUUCGGAUCUGGAAUGAAACGGUUUCUAAUCUGACUCUCAUGGCUCUGGGCUCCAGCGCUCCGGAGAUCCUGCUGUCUGUCAUAGAGGUGUGUGGUCAUGAAUUCAAGGCCGGUCAGCUGGGUCCGGGGACCAUCGUUGGCAGCGCCGCCUUCAACAUGUUUGUGAUCAUUGGGAUCUGUGUGUGGGUGAUCCCGGACGGCCAGUCACGUAAAAUCAAGCAUCUCAGGGUGUUCUUCAUCACCGCCUUCUGGAGCAUCUUUGCCUACAUCUGGCUUUACCUCAUCCUGGCCAUCAUAUCUCCGGGCAUUGUGGAGGUGUGGGAAGCCCUGGUGACGCUGCUCUUCUUCCCAGUGUGUGUCAUCCUGGCUUGGAUCGCCGACCGCCGUCUGCUUUUCUACAAGUACAUGGGCAAGCGUUACCGUGCUGACAAGCGCCACGGCAUCGUCGUGGAAACCGAGGGGGACUUGACCCCCAGCAAGGGCGGUAUGGAGUUGAUGAUAGAUGGCAAACUCACACCUGGAGGGGGCGCCAUGGUUCCAGCUGAAAACUGUGGGGGCGGCGCUCAGGAUGGCACAGCGGGAGCCGCCACCAACAGCUUCGGUGCGGCAGCGGGAGCCACAGGGAGCAACCUACCCAACUCCAGCAGCACGAUGGUCAACAUGGAGGGCGGGAAGGAGCUGGACGAGAGCCGCAAAGAGGUGAUUCGCAUCCUGAAGGAGCUGAAGCAGAAAUAUCCUGACAAAGAGCUGGACCAGCUGGUGGAGCUGGCCAACUACUACGCUCUGCUGCACCAGCAGAAGAGCAGAGCCUUCUACCGCGUCCAGGCGACUCGAAUGAUGAUUGGAGCCGGGAACGUCCUGAAGAAGCACGCCGCCGACCACGCGCGCCGCGCCGCCGCCACAGACGAGGAGGCGGCGGAGGAAGACGACCUGGCCGUCUGCAGCCACAUCUCGUUUGAGAGCGCCCACAGUCAGUGCAUGGAGAACUGCGGGACCCUCACUCUGGCCGUCGUCUGUCAAGGAGGCCUUGAAGAGAACACCUUCUAUGUGGACUACAGAACUGAGGACGGUUCGGCCAACGCCGGGUCGGAUUAUGAUUACAGCGAGGGAACGCUGGUGUUCAAACCCGGAGACACUCGGAAAGAGAUCAAGGUCGGGAUAAUCGACGACGACAUAUUUGAAGAAGACGAGCACUUCUUCGUCCGGCUGCUCAACCUGCGCAUCGGUGACGCCGAGGGGAUGUUUGAAAGCGACGAGGCGGGCGCCGCUCCCAAGGCUCGCCUGGUCGAGCCCCUGGUUGCCACGGUGACCAUCCUGGACGACGACCACGCCGGCAUCUUCACGUUCAGCGAGCGCACGUUGCGUGUGAGCGAGAGCGUGGGAACCAUGGAGGUGACGGUGGUGCGGAACUCAGGCGCUCGCGGCACCGUCAUCCUGCCGUACUACACGGAGUGCGGCACCGCCAAGGCUGGGGAGGACUACGAGGAGGCGCGAGGAGAGCUGGAGUUCACCAAUGAUCAGACCACUCAGACUCUGCAGGUGAGGAUAAUCGAUGAUGAAGAGUACGAGAAACACGAAAACUUCUUCAUCGUGUUGGAGGAGCCUCGCUGGCUGAAGAGAGGAAUCUCAGCUCUGCUGCUCAGCCAAGAUGGAGCGGAGGGGCAGAUGAGCGCUGAGGAAGAGGAGGCUCGCAGGAUAGCUGAGAUGGGGAAGCCCGUCCUGGGGGAGCACAGCCGCCUGGAGGUGGUCAUCGAAGAGUCGUACGAGUUCAAGAGCACCGUCGACCAGCUCAUUAAGAAGACCAACCUGGCGCUGGUGAUCGGCACGCACUCCUGGAGGGAGCAGUUUGUGGAGGCGGUGACGGUCCGAGCAGGUAAUGGCGAUGACGAUGAAGAGGGGCGGGAGGAGCGCCUCCCAUCUUGUUACGACUACGUCAUGCAUUUCCUCACCGUCUUCUGGAAGGUUCUGUUCGCCUUCGUCCCUCCCACAGAGUACUGGAACGGCUGGGCCUGCUUCUUUGUGUCCAUCAGCGUCAUCGGCCUCCUCACCGCCGUCAUCGGGGACUUGGCGUCGCACUUCGGCUGCACGGUGGGGCUGCGGGACACCGUGACCGCAGUGGUGUUCGUGGCUCUGGGGACUUCGAUUCCAGACACUUUUGCGAGCAAAGUGGCCGCCACACAAGACCAGCACGCCGAUGCGUCUGUUGGGAACGUUACCGGCAGCAACGCCGUCAACGUGUUCCUGGGGAUCGGCGUGGCGUGGUCGGUGGCCGCCGUCUACUGGAGAAUCAAGGGGAAGACUUUCAACGUGGACCCGGGGUCGCUGGCGUUUUCCGUCACUCUCUUCACCAUCUUCGCUUUCAUCUGCAUGGCCGUGCUCCUGUUCAGGCGCCGGCCCUCCAUCGGCGGGGAGCUCGGCGGCCCCAGAGUUCCCCGCCUCCUGACCAGCCUGCUGUUCUUCGGCCUCUGGUUCCUCUACAUCCUCUUCUCCAGCCUGGAGGCUUACUGCCACAUCAGUGGCUUUUAAAGAGGAACCCGCCAACGUUCUCGAAGAACACCGCACAGCAACACACACGGCCUCAAGUUCAUCUCAGCCCACACGGUUCGACAUGUCUACAGGGGCGCCGUGCAGCCCAGAUGCAUCCUGGUCUUUAAUGUAGAGCCGCUAACACACACGUCCAAACACACUUCAUGUACUCCUCAGCCCAUUUUAGGAAGUUCUGGGUUGUGAAGAAAAGUUUAUAUUUUUAUGGUCGGGAGAACAUUAGCAGUGAUGUCUGCUCUGCUGGUUUUGUUUCAGUCAGGUGGGUUCACGGUGCAGAAGCACGUUCAGACCCAACAACACAUCCAUCCAUGUCCCAUGAACGAAGGAGAAUCCCCUUUCUGUACGACAGAGUUUACAGCUUCAGGUUUUUACGUGGAGGAAGUGGAGCACAGUGUCAAAAUGUUUACACUACAUGUU